AUCGACCACCUGUAAUAAGCGAAGUUGUGCAGUCUCAGUCUCAGUCCUGUCAAAACAACAGCCUCUUUUACUCAUCCGUCUUGAAAAUGUAAUAAAUUACAUUUAUAUUUUGAAAAAGCAUAAAAAUGUCAAUAUAUUCUUUCGGUAUGGAGCAUCGAUUUCAUUGUAUUAUCAAGCUUUUGGACGAACAAGUGGAGUCGAUCAAUGUUGAAUUUCAAAGGGAUAGCAAAGGACAGUUUUUACUUGACCAGGCAUGUGAUGCAUUGAGACUUGCAGAAAGGGAGUAUUUUGGGCUGCGCUAUGUUGACCAACACAAACAGAGGCAUUGGCUGGACUGUAAGAAGAAUGCUCUGAAGCAACUAAAAGGUACAGGCCCACCUUACAGGGUGGUAUUCAGAGUGAAGUUCUAUCCAGUAGACCCUUAUUCAUUAAAGGAGGAAAUCACUCGCUUUCAGUUAUUCCAGCAGCUCAAACGAGACCUUCUUCAUGGCCGCAUCGUGUGUGCUUUUCAAGAUGAGGCUCUUCUAGGUGCUUGCAUAGUGCAGUCUAACCUUGAAGAUUACAAUCCUGAAGAACACCUGCCAGGGUAUGUUUCUCACUUCACAAUGUUUCCUAAACAUUCUGAGAAACGACAGAUCAGGAUAGAGGAACUCCAUCAGUCAGACCUUGGUGGGAUGAUGCCAGCACAAGCUGAAUUCAAGUUCAUAGAAACAGCACACAAGCUUGACACAUAUGGAGUAGACCCACAUUUAGUCAGGGACAUGUAUGGAACCCAGUUAUAUCUUGGCUUGACAUUCCGUGGGGUACUUCUGUUCCGUGGUAGCAUGCUAGCAGAGACAUUCAAGUGGGAUACCAUCAGGAAGUUCUCGCAAGACGGUCGAGCUCUCAUCAUCCAUGCUGUCUUCAACGAGAAGAAAGUGAAUCAUCGUUACUUCUUGAGUACAGACGCUGCAGCUGAACAUUUAUGGAAAUGUGCAAUAGAGAACCAGGGAUUCUACCAAAGCAGAGUAACUAAAGGGUUGAAGAGGACAAACAGUUUCCUGAGGAGAAAUAGAUACAGCUUUAGUGGUACAACCCAGAAAGAAGCACUGGAACACAGUACACACCUAGAGAGGAAAGAGCCUAAGGUUGCCAGGAGUCCACCUCUAAUCAGACCGAGGCGAUCACUGCAAAUAAACAGCCUUAGACCUAUCAGUGAUGCAAGUACAUUUGAAGGAUUCUCUGCGCAUCUAGCAAGCCAGAACCACUCAACGCCCCAAAGAGACUCUGACAACCAUCUCCCCAUGUUCACCCUGGCAACAUCAGAUGGUGAGGAUGAGACUAGUAGUACGGACACCCAGCCUGCGGCCAUCACCACCCCAACGGCCAUUGAUGGCCACGCGAGAGACCCCCUGCCAAAUGUCGUGGAGGAAGAGGAGGUGGUGGCGGAGGAGCGGAAUGGAGGAGUUUGUGAAACCAAACCAUCUCCAAUGUCUCAGGUAGAAAGCAAUCACCGCAUGGAGAGCAUUCUUGCCGAGGCGUCAGGAUCUUCAAGAAAGACGGCCUCUCCUAAGGAGGCUGAUCUUCCCCUGUCUAACACAUACUCUCUCAUCCUGCUCAUCCUUCUUAUUCUCAUCACCUGCAUUUUGGUCAUCUUUGUUCUCUUUGAAACGGACCUUCCUCUUGUACAGCCUCUCCAAGAUUUUUGGCUUAUUGAGGAAGUCAGGUUUACGUUGUACGAGCCUUCAAAGAUGUGGACUUUGAACAGAUGGCAUGACUUCACUGACACCUUUAUUGCACCUGCUAGUCAAUAUGUGACGCGGCAGGUUGACACCAUUAUUACCCGUUUCAAAAACUGAUCAUGGAGUGACUUGUGGAAGACAUGGUGUGUUGAUUAGAUGAGCUGACAACUGCAAAAUACCGGUUGGUCUGAAUGUGAUUAUGCUACUAUUGAAAGCAAUGUGUCUCGUUGCGGUGUGAAGGUCUAUAUCUGCAUGAAUGGGGCUGCAGAAGGUCCCUUGUAGGUGCAUUGUCAGGCCUACACUGCCAAUUGACCUACCAUAGUAAAAAAAAAAAAAAUCAUUUGGGAUGUUUAUCUUUUGAUGACACCUGGACACUUUACGUGAUGUGUGAUGCAGCAUCUGCAAAUUACCAGCUUGAAAUCGAGUUAGGAAGCUUGAGUCCCAUAAAGCCUUAUUCUCAUCUUAGUGUGUGCGAUACAUCAAGUUAUAUCGAGGGUAUCUAACAUUCAGCAAGCAAAGAGCAUUGCUUGCAGAGGUUGGAGCAAAACGAUGACCACGUGUUCUUGGUUAUUUUUUAAUACCAGGGGACAGUCGAUUUGUUGCAGAGAAAUAACCAAGACAAAAUAAAACACAAAAAAUGCUUUUGUGUCAUAUAACCACAGGUAAUAAGCAUCUUUGAAGUAAAAAAGUUUGUUUUAUUAUGAGCAUUCAAUAACCUAGAGUUGGCCUAUUUGUCUCCAGAUUGGUAUCAAUUAUUUCAUUUUCAUGCUACAUACAGAAUGUUCUGUUUUUUUUUAUUUGCAUCCCUCGUACAUAAUGUUGUUUCAAGAUGUUUUUCAAUACUUUGUUUAAAGGACAAGUCCACCAAAACAAAAAGUUUAUUUGAAUAAAAAGAUAAAAAAAUCAACAAGCAUAA